AUGGAGUCUGCGAUAACAGGUGCGGUGAAUAGUCUGUCGAGACAUUCUAGUUCCGAUAAAGAGGAUGAUAAACCUGUACCUGAAAGUGUCGAUCAUGACACAUUCAAGAUACCGACAUCGCUUCCCACAUUAUCGACUACAGAUGAAGGAGAUGAAAAGGUUAACACAAACAGAGAUGGUACUAAUAAUGAACACGGCUCUGAGCAGACAAAUAUACAACUAGAAGAAUCAUCGGAAAAGAUAGAUGGUAUGCAGGAUUUACCAUCCUUAGCAGAUGUUCAAGCUGAUUCUAAUCCUUUUGAGUUUGACUUCAGCCCAAGAGAUGAUCAGAUAAGCGCAGACGUGAUGCCUUUAGCUCCCCAUAAUUCAACCCAUUUGGAAAAUUCAGUAGAGAAUAAUAAUAACAUUCAUGAACAAUCUGAUAGCGUUGGAUCUUCCCAAAAUUCCGAGCCAGCUCACAUUUACGAGAACAAUGAACAUGUAGCUGAAGAUCUACAGAUCAACUCUGCUACUAACACUGAUAACAAAACGGAAAAUACUAGGAAUUCAAUACAAGAAACAACAGAAGAAUCAAAUUCCGAUAACCACGGAAAUAAUGAAAUAACUUUAUCGAUUAAUAUUACUAAUAACAAACAGAAUUCAGACUCAGCUCAGACUGUAAAUGAUUCGAUAUUUCCAAAAGAUAUAGAUCAAAAUGAGAAACUGGAGCAGCCAGACAAUGAUAAUACAAAAAAUGCAAUCGAAGGAGUACCGAGAGUGUUAGAAGAUAAAGUAACAGAUGCCAGCGGUAUGGAUAGGUCCAGCGAUGACAAAAGAGAUGGAAAUGACAACUUUAAACCCAAUCCUAUAGAAAAUGAACAUGAUGCGACUGAGAAGUCCUUUUUUACCGUUAAUGCCGAGCACACGAAGGGUUCGUCUCUGCGAAGAGAUAGUAACUCCAAUAAUGAUAAAGAUAAUACAGCUAUAACGGGUGACACACUCAAGAAAUGGAAAAACACAGAUCAGGUUAACGAUAACGAGGAAGCUAAUAACUCAACUGAUUUUGGUUUUCCAGACUUAGAUAAAAGCAAUGUUUCGUUUGACUCACUACCAAAUGAAAAAGAAGAUAAACACCAAGAAAAUGUUAGUGAAAUGCUAACUGGCCAAGACGGUCAUAAAGACAAUUCUUUAGAAAACAUCGGACGUAAAGAACUAACGAAUGAGGUCUCAUCUCCUUCCAAGUUGAAAUCCACUGAUCAAAUAGCCAGUCCUUCAAGUAAUGAUGAUAUUAGUCAAUUAGAAAUUAUGAAUAAUAAAAAUACAGAUGAUGGCAAAAAAUUAGAUCAUAUUCCUGAAAUCAGAGCGGAGGAUAGCACAAAGAAUGAGGAUAAAAACAACACAACCAACAUAAAUGCCAAAACUGAAGAUGAUGACAAAAAACUGGAUCUACCAGAUGCCUUAGACCAUGACCAACUUGUUACUCUAUUAGAGCUAGAUGAUAAACAUUCCAAUAUUUUUGAGGAUUCCGAAAUGCUUGAUGAAGAAGAGGAACUUGAACAAUUAGAAAGUGAAAUCCCCAAUACGAAGCAUAACUCUGCAAGUAUGGAAACUGAUAAAGUAAAGGCUUUUAACGAUAUACCAGUUAAUACCCAGGAUUUACAAGAAAACAAUGCCGACAACGAGAAUCCACAGCUUAAUAAAACAGUCGCUGCUGACAAUCAUAUAAAGGUAGAACCAAGUCAACCUGGCGGUAUUAUUAAGAGGGAGGAAUCUGUGGACUCUACUAAGGACAAAACUCAGCAACCAGUCACCAAGACUCCACCACUAUCUCCUAUAAAUGAAGAGGACAUAUCACCAAACCAACAUGUCCCUGGAAUAAAGUCAGAUCAACAGAACCUUCAAAAAUCUUCAUCGGCAAACCAGACCUCAGGAAGUAGCACAACCCAACCUAACAAAGAAAGUGCAACUGACACACCUGCGUCAAUUAUAAACGAAAAGAAUAGUUUGUUGUAUCCAAAGAGACAAAAUUCUUUAACACCAAUGGUUUUCCAGCCUCACCAAAUCAAAGAACUAAUACAACGACCUCCUAACGCUGAUCAGGGUAAUGUGGGCUCUAAUACAACAUCGGAUACAACAGCUUCACAACCAACUAUUUUUGCAUACGCGAGAUUAGAUUUUGAGAGCUUUACGUUCUAUGUACAGACAUUACAUGCCAUCAUAGGUAGACGCUCAGAGAAUGAUUAUUCACAUAAAGUUGAUGUUAACUUAGGCCCCUCAAAAUCCAUUUCAAGAAGACAUGCUCAAAUAUUCUACAAUUUUGGAACGGGAAGGUUUGAACUUUCAAUCAUUGGAAAAAAUGGUGCAUUUGUUGACGAUACAUUUGUUGAAAGAGGAAAUACGGUUCCUCUGAAGAAUAAAACAAAAAUUCAAAUUGGACAGAUUCCAUUUCAGUUUAUAUUACCAGAACCUGAUAUCCUACCAACACCAAAGAAAAAUGAAACCAAGAAAACGCAAGAAAAAGCCAAGGCUAAGGAACCUAUGAAACCUGAUCCUAAAAAAGUCAUCAAACAAGAUGUUACCUCUGCUAAUAAGCAAGCUGAAACCAAACCCAAACCCAAACAAGCUGCUGCUCCGAAACCUAAGAAGGUUGUUAAAUCACCUAAAAAGGUAUAUACUCCAGAAGAAAUACCACCAGAAUACAGAGAGAAGCCUUCUCUUUCAUAUUCUGCUAUGUUGACAGUUUGCAUUCGGAAGUUCUCAAAGGAAAAAGGUAUGUCUUUAUCGGAGAUAUACGCAGGUAUAAGAGAGCUCUAUCCGUAUUUCAAAUAUUGUCCAGAUGGAUGGCAAAGUUCUGUUAGACACAAUCUGUCAUUAAAUAAGUCUUUUCGGAAAAUUUCAAAGGAAGGCAAAGGUUGGCUCUGGGGUUUGGAUGAAGAAUUUAUUGCAGAAAGGGAUAAAUUAAAGCAACAGCAGAAUAGUGCUGCUGCUUCACGGGCUAACACCCCGGUCAAUAAAGUUGCCAAAACAGAGACAACAGCACCGAAGAAGCCUUCUCCAAAGCCAACUACUUCCACUAACGCAAAAGUAACCAAGAAACAAAACAUUUCUCAGACGUUAGCAGCGAAUAGGGCAACUUCUCCCAAGAAUCAAGCUACUGACGAUCAUCAAAGAACCAUGAAGUAUUUACAAGAACAAUUAGUCAUUUUAACCAAGGAUAGAAAAGGACUAUCUAAACAAGUUAUUGCCAAUAUACUUACUCAAGCAUUGGCGAUGACAAUUAAUCAAGUUACUCAAGCAGCAAAAAAUAAAGGUAUUUCUGGAAAUCCAUUAACUGCAUUGAUGGAUAAAAAUCCUCAGCAUCUAAAUCUUAUAUUAGCAGCUGCCGUGAAUGCUGCAACCGCCAAGAUAACGAACGGUGAGGUCAAACAAUUGGUCAACUUACCAUCAAUCAACCAAAACAAGCCAGCUACCCAACAAGUACGUCCAACUAAGCAAGAAAAUAAAAAGCCUCCAGCUAAACAGACGACAACACAGAAAGCAUCGAAGCCACCAACUCCUCAAGCUAAGGCCAAAUCUGGCAGCUCGUUUGAUCCAACAUCUUUGUCUAAGUUUUUCCAACCAAAACAAGCUGCAAGAACCAUUAGUGCUGUUCCAACUGCCGAUGUAAAAUCCAUCCCAGCAAAGAGAACCAUUGGAGGUAGUGUUGUCAACAAGAAAGUUACUGAGAAUGAAAGUAGCAGCAGCUCUGGUUCAAGUUCUAGUGAAGAUGACUCCAGUAGUGAUGACUCCAGCAGUAGCGGCUCCGAUGAUAGUGACAGUGACUCAAGUAGUGGUUCAGAUGAUAGUAGUAGUGGUGAAAGUGACUCUGAUGAUUCAGACAGCUCCUCAGAUGAUAGUAACGACGAAAGUUCUUCUGAAGAUGAAAACGACGAAGAUGAUGCCGCUGAAAAUGAAAGAAAAAAAUUAAAAACCCAGGAGAGCGUCAUAGAAUCAUUGUUACAGCAUGAUAACGAUGGUGCAUUCGAUCUUGAUGAGGCAGUUGCUCAAUUAGAUGAUGAUGCCGUUGGAGAGUUGGAUGAUGUCCAUUCACUGGAGUUUUAA